CACUUCUCCCUUUCUUCACCCCGGCUCACCGCGCAGUCGCGCUCUGCCGCAGAGCGCCGUCCCCUCCCCCAAACGGGCAAACCCUAAACCCACCGAUCCCCCCUAAACCCACUGAUCCCCUCUGUUCGAUCUUCCCAUAAUCCCAGUCCGCCGGGCGCCGGCAGCCGAUUGGCCGCCGCCAUGGCCUCGCCGGCGCCGCCAAUCGCCGAACCCCAGGCGCUGGGGUUGCUCCCGACCCUCACCGAUGAGCUCCUCGAGGAGAUCUUCCUCCGCCUGCCCACCCCGGGCGACGUGGCCCGCGCCUCCGCCGCCUGCGCCUCCUUCCGGCGGAUCAUCACCGCCCGCUCCUUCCUCCGCCGCUUCCGCGCCAUCCACCCGCCGCCUCUCCUGGGCUUCGCCGCCUACGAGGGAUUUCACCCCGCGCAGCCGCCCCACCCCUCCGCGCCGCUCGCUGGCGCCUUCGCCGACGCCGCCGACUUCUCCUAUUCCUUCGUGCCCGCCGGGAGGUGGCCCACGCCCUGGCGUCCCCGCGACGUUUGCCAGGGCCGCGUCCUCCUCGAGUGCACCCCUGAUCGCGACCCCGGGUUUGAAUACUACGACAGCGUCUUGCUGAGGGAUCUCGACCUCGCGGUGUGUGAUCCCUUAUCCCGGCGAUACAGCCUGCUCCCUAGCAUACCCCAAACGCUAAUGGGUCAGCAGAAGAACCUCAUUGAUUUCGGUCUCUUCUUCGCUCCUACAGGCGAAGAUGAGGACGAGACAACAUUCAGAGUGGUAUGUGUGGCGUGUAAUAAAACUAUGGUGGUUGUGUUUGAAUUUACCUCCAUCACUGGACAAUGGCAUAUCCCUGCAUAUCUCAGCUGUAGUUCACUGGGCACUGUCAUGCCUGACAGCCGGUACAGCUCCUCCUGUCAUGAUCAUGAGCAGGGUUGCUUCUACUGGAUGGUGCCUUGGAGGAACAAGUUGCUUGUGCUUGAUGUGUUCAGUAUGGAGAUAUCCAUUGUCGACAACAAUCUGGCUAUCUACCAUUUGCAUGACAGCGGGAAGCCUCUCAUUGUACUGGGUAGAGAUAGAACCCCUGAGGUAUUUUUUCUUGUUGAUUUCUUUGGGAAUGGCCCAACUGACAUAAUUCGCAUCACAAAGCAAAAUGGCAGUGCAUCUUCAGCCUCAUGGCAGUUCGAAAAUAUGAUAUCAUUGCCAACCCAGUAUAACUAUUUCACCUUGGGCGCGGCUGAGGGAUUCUUAUUCCUUCGUGCCACUCUUCAAGAUCAGAACUCAGAGUAUUCGCUGGGUUACUCGUCGGAGGACUCUUCAGAAAAUUCAGCGCACUUCUCAGCAGAAGCUCCAGAUGUUGAAUAUUUGUCACUUGAUGUCAAGACUUCUGAACGUAAGAAGGUCUGUGUGAUGAAGCGGUACUUCCACACUGUUUUUUCAUACUUUGGCUACCCACCACCAUUGGCAAAACCAACUAUAUAAACUGGGAUUAAUGUGCUUGCUUUUGGGGCCUCAGUUUGAUCACGCAUCUGAUGUUUGCAAGGAGAAAUGGAGGAUGGUCAUGAUGGGGCGGCACUUCAUGAUGGACCUUAGUAAUUUAGUACUCGUCAAAAACUUGUUAUCUUGUACUCCCUCACUCCGUCCCAAAUUAUAGUUCGUUUUGGCAAAUCAAGAUAUAUAAUUUUUGCUAUAUGUAUAGACAUAAGUAUAUGUAUCUAGAUUUACCAAAUCGAUCUAUAAUUUGGAACGGAGGAACGGAGGGAGUAGUUUACUUAUGUCUGCAUGACUAUAUGCGAUAAUGCGAAGCAUGGCUUCUCGUCAAGUACAAUCGGUCCGAACACUAAACAUGUAUGCAUUGUGGUUCUGUUGACCUGUAAUGUUAUGAUACUCUUAGAUGGAAUUCUGUUUUGAGUUUGAA